AUGUCCGAACGAACCUACCUUGUUAUCUCACAAGACAGAGUGAAUGUGUGGCCAUUAAUAGUCGCAUGGGAAACCUUCGACUGGAAUGCCCUGCAACAGGGAGAUUUCGCCCAUAACUUUAUCCACGCCAUGAACCUAUCCUUCGAACGGUUUGGCGUGACCGCCAUCGAGCCAAACGAAAAUCGUGACUACUACUACGGGGUGGCUGAUAGCCACCUGCCCAAAUGGGCCAUAGUCUGUCCAAGCUGGACUGACAAUAAAUACCGCAUCCGCGAGGGGGAGUCGCAUUUGGUGUUGGAGUUGCUCGAAAGCCUUCACCGUGCCGGUAUGAUGGUAAGCAACUCUGCGAUCUUUGAAAUCGCAGUGGUCCUCAAGUUUUAA